GUCACUUUGCAGCUGCAACCCGCCCUCUCUCUGUCACAGAAGCGCGCCAGCCUGUCUUGCCAUUUGGGGUGGCUAUACGGUCCGGUCCGGUUAAAUUGGCCCAAAUUGAUCCGGUCCAGUCCGGUCUUUUUGAAAAUAUAAGGACCGAAGAUUGGAUUGGAUACAGUCCGGUCUUGAUCCGGUCCGGUUUUGAUCCGGUCCGGUCCUAAUUCGGUCUUGAUUUUACAUUGAGAUUGUGGGAUUUGAGUGGCCUAAGGCCUUAAAGGGUGAGGAGUUGGUUAAGUUUUGUACUAAGUGCAAAGGUUUGUGACCGUUUAUGCAAAUUACCCUUAAGUUUUGGGUGUUGAGCUCUCUUAUCCGGUCUUUAUCCGGUUUUUUACCUCAAAUCUAAGCCCAAAUAUUGGAUUGGAUUGUUUACUAUCCGGUCUCGGUCCGGGUUAUACGGUCCGGUUUGCGGUUUUUAAUCCGGUCCCGGUCCAAAUAGCCACCCCUACUUGCCAACAUUUCGCAGCUGUAAGUCUGCAAUCCACCCUCUCUCUAUUCUUCUUUUCUCUGCCAUGGAAAGCGCGUCGGCCUCAAAUGGGUGACUCUCUCUAAAAUAGAGGUCGAAUAUUUUUCGUCGUUUUAGGCGAGGAGGGAUUUUCUGCUUCCUUAUUAGAGGAUAUGAGAGACAGAGAGUCCCUGCUCCAAAUCUCAUCGUUUUAGGCUAAAUAUCUUCCUCUCUACUUUUGCUUCUUUAUUACAGGAUAUAUAUGAGAGAGGGAGAGUCCCUGCUCCAAAUCUCAUAGGUUUAGGCCGAAUAUCUUCCUCUCUACUUUUUUACCAGUAACCAGCUUCUCUUUCUCUUUACUCUUUCUCUCACUAAAAUUGACUGCCUUUGUUUACCUACUCUCCCACUAAAAUCGCUCAUAGAAAUUCAAUUUCAUUUGUGGUGGUUCAAUCGGCUCAGAUGCGUAAAACUAAAGCAGCUGAGGUCUCUGUAGAAGGAUAUGCGAUGGGAAGAAGGUUAUUGGAAUGGGAUCGUCGGAGAGGAGAUGGUUGCCUGCAACAACAUCAGAGGCUCCACCACAUCGUCGCUCUCCUCUUGCACGUCCGCCAUUUCGACCAUGCACCUGUGAACCUUCGAUUACCUCCGCCGGCUAUGGUUGUUGCGAGAAUCCAUUUGUUAUAGAGAUGAGAUUUGGAGCUGCAAAGUAUUUUUCCUCUUCGUCUAUGGUACUGCUUCAGAUCUCUCAAUAUCAGGUUUGCCUUAUCUUAUUGUCUUUCAUUAUCUAUUUUGAUAUGCACGAACAAGUCAUCUUGAUUAUUUAUUUUCGGUUUUGCAGCAAGUUUCUAAUGCUUUUCCCUCCUUUUCUCAGAUCUGUGCACUGGUACAUCCAGUGUCGAACCACAACAUAGAUCAGGGGCAUCAAGUCUCAUAUCGAGGUCUUGGCACGCCAGUACCCUGCAUCCGCUUUUGCGACUAUAUUCAUCUACCUUUAGUAAGUCGUUCUUAAUCGCCCUGCCCAUUUCACUUGGACAUAUUCCUCUCCGGCUUACUACCAUAUAUAUUUUUAUUCAUUUAACAUCCACAGAGGGAAUCAGUGGGAGGUCGACGAAAUAAUGGGAUCGAUCGGUGAGCUUUCGAUCUCUUAACUUCUGUUUUGCUUUCACUCCUUUAUUUUUUAUUAUUAUUAUCUGUGGUGACCCAAAUCGUUGUUGCUCACAUUGUAGAUUUGGGAUGUUAGGAGAGGUCGGAGCAGCGAAAUUGGCGAGUUCUAUGGUGCGUUUAGCUUUGUUCUCUCUUUCUUAUUUAGCGUGAUUGUCAUUUUUCUCUUUCCCACUCUUAGAAAUGAGUUUGUUUUGCCUUUUAUGAGUUCGUCCCCCCCCCCCCCCCGUGUGUUUGAAGGAGCUAAGCGGUGUGGAGUUUGGUAGCUGAAACUGCUCAUGAUCGAUUGGUGGGCGGCUGGAACUAUUAUUUAGCGGUGAUGAGAAUCGCAAUGGGAUGUUUCUGUGAUUGUGAGGAGAAUCCAUCUCUCCGUGGCUGGUAUUUUAUGGUUGGCUUAUUUUUCCAAUCCCUUGAACUGUGGUUUAUUCCCCCCUUUUUCUCCCUCUUUCUCUGCGUGGUCAGCAGCUGCAAUUGGAUGGGCAAGAAGGAGUGACCUGCUAAUCGAAUUUCUUGGAGGAUGAGUCUAUUGCAAUCAAAAUAGAAAACUCUUGCUCCUUUUUUUUUUUUUGCUUCAGGCUCCCUGAUUUGAGAGGAUUAUCAAGUUUUUUAAGAAGAGUUUGAUUUCUAGGUCAUGUCUUGGGUUCGCGAGGUGCUAUACUGACUCUUUCUCUGUUUGUCUAUUUUUCAUGUGGAGUUUCUGUACAUGUGUCCAUUCGAGUGAGGUUCACACAAGUUGGUGAUUGUGACUUUCAGUGCUCCUAUUCUCCGAUUUCUCCGUGGAUGCUUCCGGGUAUUCAAGUUUGUACCUCAGUCUCCAUUUAAUUGUUUAGUUUAUGUAUUUUUCAGUUCAUAAAUUAUUUUUUAUUGUUCCGUUUCAACAUUUUGUGUUCGUGACUCAUCCUUCAAACGAUGUUAAGCUACAAAAGAUCUAGCCUUUGUCAGAUUACAAGCUAGAACAUGACAAAAGAUCUACCCCCUACACUUACAGAAUGCUUUCGUUUUUAAGCAGGUUCUUGCGCGAGUUGCAACAUGUCCACCCCUUGAUGACGAGCAAAGGACUUUCUUCAACAUGAGGGUAAGUCUUCCUCGGUCUUGAUUUUUAACUUGACAUGUCACACAUGAGUGCUUGCUUCCUCAAAUGGGAUUUUUUUCGUUUCUUGCCUCGAAUUCCCAUAUUAGUAUUUCAUUUCCUCAAAUUUUGUUUGGCCACUCCAGAGUCUGAUUUGAAGUAGGCAUAUAGAUUAGAAAGAUUAUCAGAAAACUUAAUUCUAUGGUUUGAUUAGACUAAUGUGGUUGCUUGAUUCUCAUCACUUAUGACCUUGACUUUCUGUGCAUUUUUUUACCAUGUGUUUGGCUGAUUUCUUUUGAAGGUCUACUAUGUUUUUUUUUGUUAAUUUAGAAGUGAGGGGAAUGUGAGAAAAUUGAUCCAGACUGUCGAAUUGUAGAAGAGCUUUGUUAGAGCAUCAAAAGGCUUGGAUGUCACAAUUGCAUAAAACUCUCAAGCAAACUAUUAGAAAUCAGGAUGGUGUUCUAAUGGUCACUGGAUAUCAGAGGAAGACUAGUAGGGAACAGAAGGCUAUGAAAAUCAUGACCCUUUUUUAAUAUCCACUGUGUAUAGGAGAUUUAUAAAAUUGAAUGUAACGAGGGUUGAUAAUUGGUUCUUUAGAUAUUGUAUGUGUGGAGUUCUGAUAGCGAGUCUGCAAAUUAAGAUAGGAAUACAGUGUUUGCACCUCUUUUAUUGCUUUCGAAGGCGAGCAGGGUUGUACUCUUUCUAAGUUUAAUUGGAAUGUACAAGUAUGUAUGUAUAUACUGCUUUGCUGGAGUAUGCAUACUCUUUUUUUUUGUUCUAUGUGUAUUAUAUAUUUUGAUUUAGUAGAGUUUAUGAUAAGAGUAUACAUCAAUUAAAAAAAAAGAGUAUACAUCAUUUUCUAUAUAAUAAGAAUUCAUCUUACAUUCUUAAUACUUGCAUUAUCUAUUUACAUUUUUAGUACAUGUGAACUUAAAAUUCAACAUUUAGAAUAGAACAUUUCGAAUACUGUCUUAAAUUUUACGCCUCCCGGCGCAUAGCGCGGCAGAUAACUAGUCAACAGUAUCAUUUAUAGUGGAAACUUAAAACUGCCACCUCCAUUCAAAAAAUCCUGCCUCUAGAGUGUUUUUCGGUGUGCUGACGUGGCUGAGAUUACAGCCGGCGGUUUCCCUCUCUGCUUUCUGUAAACGCUAUUUUGUUGUGCUGGUUUCUUUUGUGCGCCUCCCAACAAACACUACUAGCUAUUCCCCUUCCUCUCUGAAACCCAUUCGUUGUCCUCGCACCAACCACAAAUUCAAUCACUCGAUCCCUUUCUCCCUACAGAUGACAUGACUGCAAUAUACAAGUGUCGCCCAAAUUAAUUUCCAGUAUCUCCUCUUCUCCACUGCUUCGCUUAUUCGCCGGCGGUUUUCCUCUUUCCCUGCCAAUUUCCAUUAUGUUUUCUCCGCCAUUCCAAAAAGAAAGCCUCGCUGCUCAAAGACUCAGACCGACGAAUUUCUGUGUAAAAUAGAAGAAUACCCUGGGCUGCUAUGGUUGAUACGACUAUGACUCAUAUUUGUGAAUCAAAGAUGGUGGCGUGUAAGUCAUCGAGGGAGUUGCUGGGUAACAGAUUUCUUCAGAUAUACCUUCGUAUUUUUGUUUUGAUUUUACUUUUGUGAGAUCAGGUUUCCAUGGCGGUGAGUAGAAGGGAACUAAAUGAAUGAAAUAGGGCAGCUCGGUUUUCAUGGUUGUAGGUCUCCACGACAGUGAUUGAUGCAUAAUUUGAGGUAAUUCAUUUCCAGUUGUCUUUGUGGCGCAUUCACAAUUUUCAGUGUUUUCCCCAGCUUUGAUUGGAGAUUGCUGUAGACAAUUCUUUCUGUGGCUUUGAGCUGCUUUUCAUUUUUGAACUUCGUAGUUGAUGUGGAGACAUAUUCAUGUCCAGACAUUCGACAUGCCUUUGGUUGUUGAUGUUUACGGCAGUCAUUGGUUCGAGGUUAGGAAACCGCAAAUUACCUUUCUUUAGUUCAAGAAUGUUUGGGUUUCACUUUCUCACGUGAACCUAUUUGCCUGAUUCAGAGUUCUUCUAUGGAAGCUUUCAUUGGUAGCUUUUGCAAGGUGGAUUUGCACUUGGGAGUUGUGGUUGUGUUUUUCGAUUAUGGUGAGUGGUUUGUAAGCUGCAUUUGUAUUCGCCUUCCCUUCAACGACUCAUACCACCUGAACCCCUUCAUUCUUUGGCUUCCACUUCAGGCUUCAGUUACCUCCUAUAACCUUGAAUCACUUUCGAUUCGUCUUCCAAUCUUCUACAAAUCUGAUUUCCCUCUUCCAUUGCUGGGAAAAAUUAUCUUCCAUCCCUUUUUCUGUUUACUUUGUCCGACCAUCUUACGUCGUCGUCUUAUUCUCCUUCCAGAGCGCAAAAAAAGGAAAUUGUAGAACAUAUCAAUUGAAGUAGAUGCCAGGAUUAGAUGAAAAUAUUGCCGGAGAACUCAUCCUCUGAAAGUAAUGAGGUAUAUCAUGGGAUUUCAACUCUUAUUAUUUAUCUCUUUUGUUUGUUUGCUAUUUUGUGAAAUUUUGAGCUCUGUUCAGUCAACCCAUUUGUUGAUUAUUCUAAGUUCAUAUUUUUAAUUUUUACAUUUCCUUGGUCAUAGAUUUGAUACAUUGGGACAUAAGAGGGGUGUGGAUGAUCAAGUGAGAUCUGCCAGGUUUGGAUGUAUGUUUCUAUUGUCUUAUACCAUAUCAUUACUAUUCCAAGUUCUUGAACACCAAACUUAAGCUUCAUUGUCCAUGUUACUCUUUUAUCAUCAACCAAAAACUCUAUCUUCUUUUCCUUGGACCAGACUUCUAAGUAGGAUCGAGGAGUUCGAAAGACCAUGUAUCCAGUGUGAAAUCCAGAAAGUGACCAAUGAUCUUUCUUUCCUCUCGGUCUUUGGUGGUAUGUUCCCUAAUUUCCCUCCCCUUCCCUCCUUUUUAAUUCCUCCUUUGGGAUUUUUUGACUGGUUUGCAUCAUCCCUAUCUCAUGGAGGCAGCAAUACUGCUUGAUCAGUUUUUGCCAGCUUAUAUUUUAUAGCCUUCAAUAUGUGAUGUCUAAUCUAUUUUGUUUCUUUUAAAAAAUUCCAUUCAAUUCCGUUCUAUGUCUUUGUCGAUUUCGUCUGUAGGAUAGUAUGUUAGAAUGCUUUGAAAACGACAAUGGGUUCAUGGAACCAGUUUGCUUUCUCCUUCAAGUUUUUGUUUGGGGGUUAGUUGUUGCAUUAUCGACUUUGUUUACUCAUUCAGAUUCAACAUUCUUAAGCAUUUUAGUUGGUUCCUUACCCAUCUGCUUCAUCUCUGCAAGUAUUAUUUAUUCCUUUUGCAUUUGUUGUCUAUACACAUCCUCUUUUUCUAAUGUUCUAUAUCAAUUUCAAAUGUUGGUGCCCUAUCGUGUCCUACCAACAUAAGUAAUCGUAUAGGUUAGGCUAUAGGAAUCACAAACCCAGGGAAAGGAUAGUGCGGCAAAGUGAAUCACCGGAGAAAUAGACUUGGUGAUUGUUUUGAAGUUAAUUGGGUUAGGUGUUCUUUUUCAAUUUCAAUGACAAAUGGAUAUAUGGGUGAUUAAUAAUGAUGUUAUGAUUUA